AUGCGUUUUAACUUUGCAACUUUGGCAUUAGCAACUACACUCCUUAUCUCUGGAACACAGGCUGGUACUGCUCCAAAAAUCGAAAGUUGUCCGGCUUUAUCUCCCCGUGCAACUGCUGCUACCAAAGUUACUGAUCUUCGCCCCGAUGAUAUCAAGGUUGUCGCUGCCCUUGGUGACAGUAUCAUGGCUGGAUUUGCCGCCGAAGGCAUCCAAGGUACCUCCAUUAUCAACCUUAAGAGUUUGAACGAAUACCGUGGCGUCAGUUAUGGCGGUGGCGGUGAUGCAGGUGCUGUUACCGUCCCUAAUUUUAUUAAAAAGUAUAACCCUACGUUAAAGGGCUCAUCAGUUGAUGAGCAUCUCAUUGAACUCUGUUAUGGAUUGCUCUGCCCUCCAUUCCAAUACAAACCUGCUAAGGACGUAUUAAAUGCCGCACAAAGUGCUGGAUUAGCAAUGAAUCUUGAUCAUGAACUCGACUAUCUUCUUCCUGCAAUUAAAAACUUACCUGGUAUUGAUUACCAAAACGACUGGAAACUUAUUAAUAUGCAGAUUGGAAGCAAUGAUCAAUGCGCUUCUUGUAUCAAUGCUUUGGUUCCUUUAUUGACUCCCAAGGCUUACGGAAAGCAUGUCACAGAUGCUAUUGAGCGCAUCAGAACUACAGUACCCCGCGUUUAUACCGUUACCGCAGGCCAAGAUUACUGCAAGCCAUUCCAAAAUACCGACUUUAUUUUCAACUCCCUUGAAUGUCCCUGCGCAAUCGACAAGAAAUACCGCCCUAAGAUGGAUCUCGUAUCCGCAGGUUAUACUGAACAGCUUCGAUUAAUUCACCAAAAAUAUAAGCCAUUGAGAACCGAUACAUUCGGUGUUAUGUUCUCUCCUGCCAACAUUGAUGUCUCUUCUUUCCCCGUUAAUGGCUUGAGAUAUCCAGGACUAAAUAAUGGUACUAGUAAUAUUGAUUGCUUCCACCCAAGCACACUUGGUCAUGAAUAUGUUGCCAAGUCUUUAUGGAACACCCUUUUUGUGCCUUUGGAAAGCAAGCCAAAGGAAAUGAGAUGGGUUCACGAUUUGGAAGUUUACUGUCCCUCUGAAGUUGAUCGUUUCCAAUUGGAUUAA